ACCGCCCCUAUGGUUUUGGCUCGUUUAUUUUCUUCAUAGAUAUGCAAGUUUUGUUCCAAAAUGUACAAUCAUCCAUCUUUAGAGGAGGUAAGGAAUCAAGAAACCUUCUCUGACAUUGCAUUGCAUUUAUGCGUCAGAAGAAGAGGUUCUGUAAUCAAACCCACUUGAAGAGGUUCUGUAAUCAAACCCACUUGGUAAAGAAACGUAAUUAGCAGAAAUUAAGGGAAACAAGCAAUGCCCAUGAAACCUUAAACCCCAAGAAACAGACCCUUUUCAUCUUCCAUGGCAGCACUCUUUAGCUAGAUUCUAUUUUUUACAACUUUAAAACCCCCCUUAAAAAGUUCGUUGAGUCAUUUCAUCAAGCAGGUGGUAAAGUCAACUGGAGGAAAAGACAAACCACCAUUUUUACGAGUUGAUCCAUUGGUUCACUUUUUUUCUUUUUUUUUGUGAUAAUUGGGUAAUAAAGGAGUAGAAUAAGAGAGAAAAAAAAAUAUGAGACAAAGGAAGGUGGGGUUGGUUAUGUUAUGUGUUUCGAUGCUGCUGAUGGGUUGGAGUAUGACUAUGUCAUCAGCUUCUUUCUUCGGUAAGCAUCAGAAUCGAUGUGGAAGAAAAUCCAUGUUACCCGUUGAAGCAUCAUCGUCAUUGGAACUGAAUCGAGUGGGGUCCUCUGUUGUUUUCCCAGUCCAUGGAAAUGUGUAUCCAAUUGGGUCUUAUAAUGUUACCCUCAACAUAGGUCAACCACCGAAGCCAUACUUUGUUGAUCCUGAUACUGGAAGUGAUCUCACAUGGCUCCAAUGUGAUGCUCCCUGUCGCCGUUGUACUGAGACACAUCAUCCACUUUACAGACCCAGUAAUGACUUGGUGCCCUGUAAUGACCCCCUAUGUGAAUCCUUACACUCACCCCUUGCUCACGGAUGUGAUGAUCCAGAGCAAUGUGACUAUGAGAUUGACUACGCAGAUGGUGGUUCAUCCCUAGGGGUACUUGUCAGGGAUGCAUUUUCCUUCAACUUUACCAGUGGAUCCCAGCAGAAACCACGCCUCGCCCUUGGAUGUGGAUAUGACCAACUUCCUGGUGCAUCUGAUCACCCCAUGGAUGGAGUACUAGGCCUUGGAAGGGGAAAGGCCAGCAUUGUGUCACAACUCAGUAGUCAGGGUUUGGUGAGGAAUGUUGUUGGCCACUGUUUUAGUGGAGGAGGUGGAGGGUUUCUAUUCUUCGGAGAUGAACUUUACGAUUCUUCACGCAUUACUUGGACUCCGAUGUCACAAGACUACUCCAAACAUUACUCGCCUGGAUUUGCAGAACUCAUAUUGGGUGGAAAAUCUACUGGUUUGAAAAACCUAUUUACAGUUUUUGACAGUGGGAGCUCUUUCACUUAUCUUCGUUCCCAGGCUUAUCAAGCUUUGACAUCUUGGAUUAAGAAAGAACUAAAUGGAAAGCCUUUCAAAGAAGCAUCAGAUGACAGGACUCUCCCACUCUGUUGGAAAGGUAGAAAGCCCUUCAAAAGCCUACGCGACGUCAAGAAAUACUUCAAGUCCUUAGCAUUGAUCUUUGGCAAUGACGGAAGAGCAAAAACUAAAUUUGAGUUGGCCCCUGAAGCUUAUCUACUGAUAUCAGCCAAGGGAAACGUUUGCUUGGGAAUUCUUGAUGGCACUGAGGCGGGGCUGCAAGAUUUCAAUGUCAUCGGAGACAUAUCGAUGCAAGAUAAGAUGGUGAUUUACGACAAUGAGAAGCAGGUAAUCGGAUGGGUUUCUGCAAACUGUGAUCAGCAACCAAAGUCUAGUCGUUUCAGCAUUCGAUGAUCCAUUAAAAGUUUAUCACACCCGCCACUGUUUAUGCAUCACCGACUUAGUCAUAUAGAGUUGUAUAAAGAAUAAAAUUCUUAGCAUAAAAUUGAUGUGUUGUAUUCUCAACACGCUUGGUGUGUUUAAACAUGUAUGUCUCUGCUAUAAAAACUGCAUGGUAAUCCAUGUAUUUGAUGCCUACUUAGUUCGAAAAUUGUAAAAUUUCUACACAUACCUGGAAUUGAAAACUUAUAGUUAGUUGUUUAUAAUAGAAGAAAAUUGACUACUUAUUCUA